AUGAAGGCGGUGGGCGACCUGCUGCACGCCAGCGGUGCCUCGCUUGAGCGUCUGCUGGUCGAGUUUCCAGCGGGCGUCCCAGAAGAAGUCUCGCAGAACCAGAUCAGCCUGGUACACAAUACCGGCCUUCGCUCCGUGCAUUUCGGCGGGCUGAAUGCAGGCGCCUCGCGCACGUUCUUCUCCACCGACCUCUUUCCCUGGGUCACCACCAUGCUCUCACAGAUCCGGUCGAAACAUUUGCAAGAGGUGACGUUUGAUCUCGAGAUUACGUCCAUGAACGACCUGCUCAGUCUGGACUGGGAGCGAAUUGACCGCGAUCUGUCUAGGGAGGAGUUCAAGGGGCUGCUGGUAAUGUUUCAUAUCAGCUUGGAGGGUGCCGGCAGUCCAAUCGGGCAAGAUGUGCAGGAUUUGAUCUCGGAUCGCCUAGCUGGUUUUCGAGACAGGGGUACGCUGUGCGUCUCCUGCGUUUGA